AUGUCCGACUACGACGAUGACUACGACUACGACGACUACGACGACUAUGAUGACUAUGAUGACUACGGUGGCGGGUAUGACGACGAAGGGUACGAUUAUGGCGAAUACGAUCACGCUGAAUACGACCAUCAUGGAGCCCAUGAUCAUGACGACCAUGAUUCUGGCGGGGAUGCAGUAGCGGAGGAGUUGACGGCGGGUUUUGCCGUUAUUGAAGAGCUGGGAGAUCACCAUGAUCAGGGCAGCGCUGUCGAUGGCAGUGACCAUGAGGAACACACCGGUUAUGCUGAGCUCGCUCAUUCGGAUGAUGGCUACGAAAAUGAUGACGAUCAAGUCCCUUACUAUGGAGUGGUUUCUGGUGGUCCCAGCUAUGUUCAAGACCACGAUGACUAUCCUACAUCACGCUCCCAAUCGCAAUACACUCCCUCUGCUCCUCGUGGCUCCGCAGGCUACCCACCAUUUGCAGCGAAUGGUAUGAUGGUUGAUCCCCAAAGCCACGGCGGGUCCUACAGCCAACACCCUUCAUCAAGAAGCAGCGGCUAUCAAUACAAUGGCAACCACCAUGGUUCUGGCAGAUGGAAGCACGGAGAACAAUAUCAACAACAUUACAGUGCCGAAUAUCACAAUUCUGUGACGAGACCGGCUUAUAGGCUCGAAACCCAACCCAGCCACCAAACCCACUAUUCACCUUCAGCUACAUCCCACCGCGAUGGGCACGGGGGAAGGCACAGGUCGGACUAUGAAUACUUGCGAGCGUGGAGCGGAAGGCACAACUUCAUGGCUUCCUAUGGCUUGAAACCCGAACCCGGUGGAUAUGAAGAGUCGCGGACUAUCAUGAACGCACUGAGAGACCGAGAAGCUCAAGGAUAUGGCAGCAGCUAUCACUCAGCUUUGGCCACGGCGAAUUCUCCGCGGGUCCAUCCCGCUGCAGCAAGAAACGAGGCUACAAACUACUACCCGAGACACCAUGGGUGGUGCCUUGAGGACGAGUUCAUACCACCGGCCAAGGAAGAAGACAUGGGUGGAAUCAUCCAGCGGCCGAUGAGGAGGCCAUGCCAAGGUCUCAAGAUCAAGGGCACUGCCCGUCGUGUCAUUGGCAUUCACAGCCGUAGAAAGUUCAAGAACUCCUACGAGUGCGAGUGCUCUUUCGCCCUCGUUGCCCCGUAA